AUGCCAAGUGAACCUUUUCUACCGACCAGAUUGAUCGAAAUCACGACGGAAGGGGCAGAGGUAAAAGCCCGGUUGCACGAAACUUUACAUGACGUCGGAAGUCCCGUCUACAUGACUCUAAGCCAUUGUUGGGAAAGCGGAGCGGUGUGGAAAUUGUUGAGGGCUACGUAUAGGGCUGCUCUGGAGAGCUUACCGAUGAGAGACCUUCCUCCGGUAUUUAUGGACGCUAUAUCCGUUGCGUCUUCCGCCGGUAUCAAUUUCUUGUGGAUUGACUCUGUGUGCAUCGUCCAAGAUGAUGUCGAUGAUUGGUCUAAGGAGUCUGCACGAACGGGUGAUAUCUACGGAGGAGCAAUAUGCAACGUUGCUGCUACCGGAUUCACUGAUGGAUCACACGGACUCUUCGCUGCGAGGAAUACACAAACCUUAGGACCGAUCGCAGUCAAACUUGACUUUCCGAUAAUAUUCAAUGAGUACGACGGUAUCAUUGAGACUGAGUUUUACCUCGUGGACCGCGAUGUUUGGGUCCGCGGAGUCGAUAGAGCGCCCUUGAAUAAGAGGUCGUGGGUGGUACAAGAAAGAUAUCUGUCCCCUCGAAUCAUUCAUUUUGGACGUCAACAGCUGUUUUGGGAAUGUUGCGAGCUCACGGCCUCUGAAACGUUUCCGCACGGCCUGCCUAGCCGACUGCUCAUCCGAAGCGCGCCCAGCGUGCUCCUGAAUGCAAUUUAUUCGGGGAAAAAGGCAAUUGAUGAAGCAUCGUUAAGCGAGGAUGAUUUCAUAGACUGGUGGACAAUAGUCUCGGCGUACAGCCUGGGUCGUCUCACUUUCGCGACGGACAAACUUGUCGCGAUUUCAGGCAUGGCCAGAUCAUUUCAGUCUUUCUCCCGCAGCCGUUACCUGGCAGGCCUAUGGGAACGCAAUCUACCACAUGAUCUGCUGUGA